AUGUCCAGCAAGCCCAAGUCAAGAUGGGCAAGCACCGCAGAAGACGCCGAGUUUGAAGCAAGGCAGAAGAAGGAAAAAGAAGAACGCCGACGCAAAAAGGCGCAAAAGCUCGAAGAAGAAGAAAAGAAGAAAGCAAUGCUCGCUGCCGCCGCUGCUGCGAAGGCUUCAGAAACCGCAGAGACAAACGACGACAACGACAACGACGCGGCAUCAUCGUCAUCACGGCCCUCCAAACGACGAAAGCUCACCCCCGAACCCCCCAACAACUCCUCCUCCCCCGCCGCCUCCCUGCUCCGCUUCGACGUCGGCUCCUGGAAGCCCAGCCGCAGCGUCGACAACUACGACAAGCUCAACGACAUCGAGGAGGGCACGUACGGCUGGGUGGCGCGCGCAACGGAGCUGGCCUCGGGCAGGGUCGUCGCCCUCAAGCGGCUCAAGCUCGAGGCCGGCGACCCCAACGGCUUGCCCGUGACGGGCCUGCGCGAGAUCCAGAUCCUCAAGAACUGCCGGCAUCGCAAUGUCGUUGCCAUGGAGGAGGUUGUCGUGGGCAAUGACACCUCCAAGCCAGACAACUCCAUCUUCCUCGUCCUCGAAUUCGUCGAACACGACCUCAAGAGCAUCCUCGAAGACAUGCCCGAACCCUUCCUCUCCUCCGAAGUCAAGCGCCUCCUCCUCCAGCUAACCUCCGGCGUCGCCUACCUCCACCAAAACUACAUCCUGCACCGCGACCUCAAGACCUCCAACCUCCUCCUCAGCAACCGCGGCCUCCUCAAGAUCGCCGACUUCGGCAUGGCCCGCUACGUCGGCGACCCCCGCCCCAAACUCACCCAGCUCGUCGUCACCCUGUGGUACCGCGCCCCCGAGCUCCUCCUCGGCACCCGCUCCUACGACGCCGCCGUCGACAUGUGGUCCGUCGGCUGCAUCAUGGGCGAGCUCAUCACCCGCGAACCUCUCUUACAAGGCUCCAACGAGGUCGACCAGAUAUCAAAGGUCUUUGAGCUCUGCGGCGUCCCCACCGAAGACUCCUGGCCCGGCUUCCGCCGCCUUCCCAACGCCCGCUCUCUCCGCCUCCCCAAACAGUCCCCCCUGGCCUCCGGCUCCGUCAUCCGCGCCCGUUUCCCCAACCUCACAGCGGCCGGUGCCUCUUUACUCAACAGUCUACUCUCUCUGGACCCGGACAAGCGACCGACGGCCAAGGAGAUGCUGGAGCACGAGUACUUCCGCCAAGACCCCAAGCCCAAGCCCGAGAGCCUAUUCCCCACGUUCCCCAGCAAGGCUGGCCAGGAGAGGAGGCGGCGGCACGAGCCUGACGCCCCCGUUCGCGGGCAGGCCGUUGCCCUUGGCGAUGUCGAUUUCAGCGGCAUCUUUCAAGGCAGGGACAAGGAAGAAAGAGGCGCCGGGUUCAGUUUACGCAUGGUAUGA